AUGUCCAGUGGGGAUGGAGUCCAUGUCUUGAGUCAAGGUGUAGGAUAUGGCAUCGUUGUUGGCAUUGGCGCUUUUUUCGCUCUCAUGAUGUUGGCUAUAACUUAUCUCCAGAAUCGCUAUACUACCUACUCAACUAAGCAGUCUGAGGAGUUCAACACGGCAUCCCGAAGCGUCAAGCCGGGGCUCAUUGCCGCAGGCAUUGUUAGUUCCUGGACCUGGAGCUCCACCCUGCUCACGUCGAGUACAUUCGCAUACUCGUAUGGCAUCGGCGGGCCAAUGUGGUACGCAGCGAUGGGCUCCUCGCAGAUCCUUCUGUUCGCUCUGAUCGCAAUAAAAAUCAAAACCAACGCCCCUGGCGCACACACCUUCCCAGAAAUCAUCCUUGCGCACCACGGUCGCCUGAAUCACCUCACUUAUCUCUUCUUCGCCUUCGCAACCAACCUGCUCGUGGGCUCUUGUCUCGUGUUGGGAGGGAGCCAGGUCGUCGGCGCUCUGUCCGGUGUCAACGUCUACGGCGCAUGCUUCCUUAUCCCAUUGGUGGUUGCAGCCUAUGUGAUCGCUGGAGGUUUGAGGAGCACGUUCAUCGCCGACUAUGCACACACGGUGAUCCUUUUCGUAGCGAUCCUCACGUUUGGAUUCAGCAUGUACGCGACGAACCCAACAGUUGGAAGCAUUAGCAAGUUCUACGACCUGCUACUUGAGGCCGGAAAGGACAUGCCAAUCACUGGGAACGCGCAUAACGGAUCGUAUUUGACGUUCAAGUCAGAUGACGGACUCGUUUUCGCUAUUGACCUACUUGUCGCGGGUUUCUGCACGGUAUGGCUGGAUCAAGCUUAUUGGCAACGUGCAAUCGCCUCCAGGCCCGAGACAUCCGUUAAAGCUUAUAUUUUUGGUGGAAUCGCCUGGUAUGGUAUACCUUUCGGGUUCGCCACGGCGAUGGGACUUGGUUGUGCAGCACUGACAUCCAGCCCCUCGUUCCCGACGUAUCCCAAUCCGCUCUCGGCAGCCCAGAACGGCAGUGGAUUGUCUGCUCCCGCCACGGCUAUCGCAUUGCUAGGAAGCGGCGGUGCAGGACUUAUGCUCCUCCUUUUAUUCAUGGCUGUUACGAGUGCAACAAGUGCAGAACUCAUCGCCGUGUCCAGUCUGAUCACGUUCGACAUAUACAAGACGUAUAUCAGACCGGCCGCAACUUCGGACGAGCUUGUCCGAAUAAGUCAUUAUGGCAUCAUCAUAUUCUCUGUGAUUCUGGCCUCAUUUUGCUGCAUUCUGAACGCCGUCAGCAUUAACCUCACUUGGGUGCUAACGGUCCUUGGUGUUAUUGUCGGCGGCGCGUCAAUUCCCGUCGGACUGAUCUUAUUGUGGGAACCCAUGUCCUCCUGCGCAGCCCUGAUAUCGCCCUGGAUCGGGACCGCACUGGGCCUGGUCGCUUGGUUCGUCGUGACUAAGCUCCGCAGUGGGAGCAUCUCAGUGGAAACGACAGGCGACGUAACGAAUGCUGUCGCCGGCAAUGUCACAUCGUGUUGCACAGGUGUUAUAAUGGCAUUUGUGCUAUCAUACCUGUUUCCAACCAAAUGGGGGGCAGCAGAAGCCGAUGGCGACCUUCUUGCAAAGAUCAGGCAGGACAAGAUUCUGCAAGGUAUUUCCACUGAAGCUCCACGAGAUACUGCGGUGGUCAACAACUUCACUGGGUCGGACUUGGAAAAGGCCGAGUCAAGUCCAAUAGCUCCAACCAGGGAAACUGGUGAACUCCAGCCUGCUUCGGACCCAGCCCCCGAGACGGUAGUUCCCACAGGCAACGCGAUUGUGGACUUCCUCGAGGCUUCAUACUCACAGCCUAUGGAUGCCGAGCAAGCUCGGGUUGCAACGAAGCUUGCCUACGGAUUUAACAUCGCGUACUGGACUGUAGCAGUGAUUCUCGUCCCAUUUUCGUUCUUUGGCAGCGAGUGGGAAUUCACGAGAGCGGGCUUUGUGGGAUGGUGUGUUGUGUCCUUUAUUUGGGUAUGGUUUAGUGCGCUGAUUUGUAUCCUGUGGCCUAUCUGGGAGAGUCGGGAAACGAUGUGGACGAUUGUGAAGGGCAUGUCCCGUGACGCGCUGGCAAGGGAAAGGGCGUGA